AUGACCAACUGCUGCUCCCCUUGCUGCCAGCCCACCUGCUGCAGGACCACCUGCUGCAGAACCACCUGCUGGAGACCCACCUGUGUGACCAGCUGCUGCCAGCCCUGCUGUCAGCCCAGCUGUGGCAGCUCCAGCUGUUGCCAGCCCUGCUGCCAAACUACCUGCUGCACAACCCGCUUCAGACCCACCUGUGUGACCAGCUGCUGCAGCAGACCCUGCUGCCAGCCCUGCUGCUGUGUGUCUAGCUGCUGCCAGCCCUGCUGCCAGCCAGGCUGCUGUGAGUCUAGCUGCUGCCAGCCCUGCUGCCAGCCCUGCUGCCAGCCUCGCUGCUGUGAGUCUAGCUGCUGCCAGCCUUGCGGCCAGUCCAGCUGCUGCCAGCCAGUUUGCUCUGGACCUGUGUACUGCACAAGAACCUGCUACUACCCCACAUGUGUCCGUGUGCCUGGUUGUCUGUCCCAGGGCUGCGGCCAUUCCUGCUUUUCCUCUUGCUGCCAGCCCAACUGCUGCCAGUCUACCUGCUGGAGACCAACCUGUAUGGCCAGUUGCUGCUGCCAGCCAUGCUGCCAGCCCAGCUGCUGCCAGCCAUGUUGCCAGCCCAGCUGUUGUGAGUCCAGCUGCUGCCAGAUCUGCUGCCAGCCAGCUUGCUCUGGGCCUGUGUACUGCACCAGAACCUGCUACCACCCCACAUGCGUCCGUGUGCCUGGUUGCCUGUCCCAGGGCUGCGGAUCCAGCAGCUGCCAGUCUUGCUGCUGCUGA